UAUAACCGCUAUUGGGCGCCGCGCGCACCUUUUUACCCCAGCGGCGCCUGACGGCGCAACACGGAAGUGAAAUGGCGGCGGCGCCCGGAGGUGAGGGAAGCGGCGGUUUCCAGUCUGCAGCUCACCGGAGAUUGCGAAUCCUUUCGGGUCACCUGCGCAGCGCUUCGGAGACCUACCUGUCAGCUAGCCAGUGCCGAGGGCGAGCCGUCUCGACGCCGGUAGGAUCUCAGUCAGGCACCUUCCCCAAGAGACGGCAAGAAAUUUUAAAGUGGAAUGGAUGGGGAUACAAUGACUCAAAAUUCAUUUUCAAUAAGAAGGGCCAAGGAGAAUUCACCGGAAAAAGGUACCGGAUAGGCGGACUGAUAUUCCCACUUUUGAAAGAUUGGGUGGAGAAAAAUCUUGGUGGAAAUAUGGAACAUAAAACUACUCCUAAAGCAUCCUUAAAUAUCAGUGAUGUACCUCCCUCCAUUGCAAGUGAAGAAUUUCUCCAGGACCUCCAAAAUUCUAACAUUUCAUAUACACAGGAAGCAGAAUCUAGACUAUUUAGAGCCCAUGGUCAUUGCCUACAUGAGAUUUUUUUGCUCAGGGAAGGAAUGUUUAAGCGGGUUCCUGAUGUAGUGGUAUGGCCAGAAUGCCAUGAUGAUGUAGUUAAAAUCGUGGAAAUAGCCUGCAAGCAUAAUAUUUGUAUUAUACCUUAUGGUGGAGGCACAAAUGUUACCAGCGCACUUGAGUGUCCUGCUGAUGAAAAAAGAACUAUUGUUUCACUAGACACUUCACAAAUGAACAGGAUUCACUGGAUAGAUGAGAAAAACUUAAUUGCUCAUGUUGAGGCUGGCAUUGUUGGCCAAGACUUGGAAAGACAGCUUGGUGAAAGUGGUUAUUGUACAGGCCAUGAACCAGAUUCAAUAGAAUUUAGUACUCUUGGAGGAUGGGUAGCUACCCGAGCAUCAGGCAUGAAGAAAAAUGUUUAUGGAAAUAUUGAAGAUCUGGUGGUUCAUAUAAAAAUGGUAACACCCAAAGGAGUGAUACAAAAAAGCUGUCAAGGACCACGCAUGUCAACAGGACCUGAUAUUCAUCAUUUCAUUUUAGGAUCUGAAGGAAUCCUUGGAGUGAUAACAGAAGUUACGAUAAAAAUUCGACCAGUCCCUGAAUACCAAAAGUACGGCUCUGUAGUAUUUCCAAACUUUGAGAAAGGGGUGGCCUGUUUAAGAGAAGUAUCAAAGCAGCGAUGUGCUCCUGCAUCCAUUCGCUUGAUGGACAAUGAACAAUUUCAGUUUGGACAUGCUCUUAAACCACAGGUUGCUUCUAUUUUUACAUCACUAUUGGAUGGAUUGAAAAAAUUUUACAUCACAAAGUUCAAAGGAUUUGAUCCCAAUGUAUUGUGUGUUGUUACUUUGGUUUUUGAGGGUGACAGAGAGAAAGUGCUCCAGCAUGAAAAGCAAGUUUAUGAUAUUGCUGCAAAAUUUGGUGGUCUAGCAGCUGGAGAAGACAAUGGACAGAGAGGCUAUAUGCUGACAUUUACCAUUGCUUACAUUAGGGACUUGGCCAUGGAUUAUUAUAUAAUAGGAGAAUCAUUUGAAACAUCUGUUCCUUGGGAUAGGGUUCUCGAUCUGUGCAAAAAUGUAAAGGAAAGAAUAACAAGAGAAUGCAAAGAAAAAGGUGUCCAGUUUCCACCAUUUGCUACUUGUCGGGUGACACAGAUGUAUGAUGCUGGUGCAUGUGUCUAUUUCUAUUUGGGCUUUAACUACAGAGGAAUUAGUGACCCUGUUCGGGUUUAUGAAGAAAUAGAGACAGCAGCUAGAGAAGAAAUUCUUGCUAAUGGGGGAAGUUUGUCACAUCAUCAUGGAGUGGGCAAGUUACGAAAACGGUGGCUGAAAGAAUGUGUAUCCGAUGUUGGCUUUGGGAUGCUGAAAUCCAUCAAACAAUUUGUGGACCCCAAUAACAUCUUUGGGAGUGGAAACCUUUUAUAAGCUUCUUACUCUCCACGCCGAAGUACAGAAAAGAAUAAUGUUUGAAUCUCAUAGCUUUCCCAGUAUCCAAAAAUAGCAUGGACUUAGUUUCAAAAGCUGUUUCCUUCCCUGUACAGUUUAUUUCUUCAUGCAGUUCCAGAGAGAAGACUGUUCGGUUUUACUACUCCAUCUUUCACAUUCAAGCAGUUCAGAGUAUAGUUAGGGCCAUUUAACUGAUAACCUAUUUGGAUGGCUUUCCUGCUAGAGGUGCGGAAAUGUUCAAGAGUGACCCUGAUGUGAUUGGAGACUUUCUUGAUAGAAAAGCACUUUGGGGAAGCAGAUGAAAAAUAGGAGUAUGUUUAACUAAAAUAUGAUUUUCUAUUGAACGGUUAAGCAAAAGGAAGCAAUGCCAAGCUGCAAUUGGAAAAAAAAAAUCUGAUAUUUUGAUAGGAGACAAAAAUAUUCCUUUCUGAUAUUAUU